CGACCGAGAAGCGGAAGCGCCUCUUGGGGGUUGUGUGUGUGUCUGUCUGCUUUUGAAAAGGACGUGAAUUGAAAACGCUUUAAAGAAGGCGCCCUGCCCUGGGAAAGAAGAGCGGCUGAGGAAGGGAGAAGAAGGAAAAAAAAAAGCCUCGGGAUGGAGAGAGAAUUUGUGUAUGAAUUCAAGGCCGGAAACCAGCAUUUUCGGCUUACCGUGCCGCUGAAGUUCCCGGUCCAAGAAAACGUUAGUCAUUUGCCUAGGCGUCUAAUGCUGCUGCAUAAUUUGCCUUGCUUCGUAGAAAACGGCUUGAAAGAGUCUCUGACUAAAUUCAUAGAGGAGAAAUCCCUAGAAGAUUUUGACAGAGAAGCCGAAGCGGCUCUGGAAGCUGUAAAAUCUGGCAAAAUAGAUUUACACCAACUAGCGAAGGCUUGGGCCCAAGCUUACACUGAGACAACCUCCGAGCAUGCCAGGCCGGAAGACCCCAGCUGGGAUGAAGAUUUUGCAGAUGUUUAUCAUGACUUGAUCCACUCUCCUGCCUCUGAAACUCUAUUAAACUUGGAACAUAAUUAUUUUGUUAGCAUCUCCGAAUUAAUAAGCGAGAGGGAUGUGGAGCUAAAAAAACUGCGAGAAAGACAGCGGGCAGAAAUGGAUAAGGUGAUGCAAGAACUGGGGAAAUCAUUAACGGAUCAAGAUGUAAACAUGUUAGCAGCUCAGCACUUUGAAUCCCAACAGCUACUGGAGAACAAGUGGAGCAGUGAAUUGAAACAAACCACAGCUAUCCAAAAACAGGAGUAUCAAGAAUGGGUGGUAAAACUUCACCAAGAUCUGAAAAAUCCCAACAGUACUAUUGGUGAUGAGAUCAAAGUCACUCCUAAUCAGUGGAGAGAAUCUGAAGAAGGAACUGGAAGACUCUUUGAGGACCAGAGGCAAUUGGAAGAAAGUUUCACCAUCCAUUUGGGAGCACAGCUGAAAACCAUGCAUAAUCUGCGUCUAUUGAGGGCAGAUAUGCUCGAUUUCUGCAAGCACAAGCGCAGUCACCGCAGCGGAGUCAAACUCCACCGUCUUCAAACUGCACUAUCACUUUAUUCAACUUCCCUUUGUGGUCUAGUCUUGCUUGUGGAUAAUCGAAUCAGUUCAUAUAGUGGGAUCAAGAGAGAUUUUGCAACUGUUUGCCAGGAGUGUACAGAUUUCCAUUUUCCUGGAGUUCAGGAACAGCUUGAAAUUGUUCAGCAAGUUGUACUUUAUGCCCGAGCACAACGCAGUAGUAAGGCCAAAAGACUAAAUGAAGCAGGAAACAGAAAUAGUGGCAAUGAAGAUAAAUCUAAGAACGGGGAACAGAAUCAAUCAAAUAUUUUUCCAGGAGAAUUUUAUAUCACCCGACAUUCAAAUCUCUCUGAAAUUCAUGUGACUUUUCAUCUUUGUGUGGAUGACAAUGUAAGGUCAGGUAAUAUUACAGCCCGGGAUCCUGCGAUCAUGGGCCUCCGAAAUAUCCUUAAAGUGUGCUGCACCCAUGACAUCACCACCAUUAGUAUUCCUCUUCUGCUAAUACAUGAUAUGUCUGAAGAAAUGACAAUAUCUUGGUGUCUGAAAAGAGCAGAACUUGUAUUUAAGUGUGUCAAAGGAUUUAUGAUGGAAAUGGCUUCCUGGGAUGGUGGGAUUUCCCGAACUGUUCAAUUCUUGGUACCGCAAAGUAUUUCUGAAGAAAUGUUUUACCAACUGAGUAACAUGUUGCCACAGAUUUUCCGUGUGUCAUCUACGCUAACUCUGACAUCCAAACACUGAACUCUCUCCAAAAUUCUGCAAAGGAUUAAUAAAAUGAUUCUGAAUUUUAAUACUGAAAACACUUUGAUAACUUGAACAUGAUUGUUGAAAUUCCUAACAGAAGCACCUGCAAUAUUAAAAAAAGAAAAAGUCACACUGUACUUUCAUGCCUACACAAAGGGAAAUGGGUAAUGGGUUAUAUUUUUUUUCUUCUUUUUUUGCCAUUUUGGGUUCCAGGCCCUCUCUCUGUUAAAUGCUAUUCUAAGGUCCUUCCGACUCUUAGAUAAGAUCUGUAGUAGAAAAGUAGGAAGCUAAAUGUCUGUGUAUCACUAGAAAGUAGUUGUAUGCUGAAAAUAUAAUUAUCAAAGGAAAAAAACUUGCUUUUUUUAAGAUAUGGAUGUAUUCAUAUAGAAGUUUCCUUGCUACCAGUUUGUUACUUCACAGAAUAGAACGUUAAUACAAUGGCAAAUACAAUUAUAACACAUGGUAAACAGUUUUUAUAUUACCAGGUGGGAUUUUAGAUUAUAUUUUUUUUCUGUAGGGCUAUAACUCCUGCUUUGAAAUAUUUGGCUGGGUUUUUGCAGCCCAAAUACAGUAGUCCUGUUUGAGAUGGCAUUAUGUUUUGGUCUUGAGUUCAUAAAAGAGGUAAACAUGGAGAAUUUAAAACCACUGCAGUAAUUUAAGAGCUUCAGUGUUUUAAUAAGAGCAGGGAAGCAAUUCAUGUACUUCAAACUUCAUUGUGGGAUUCAUGCACUUUACCUAGCCAUAUACUGUGACCAUUUGCUUGGUGUUACCUUCAUACGUUGUGUAAACUUGACCAUUGUAGUUUGCAAAUCAUGGCUUUAAAAACUUGAUUCACACAAUGUAGAAAAAUAUAAUUUCCCUGCAAGGACACAAGAUAUUCUUUCUAUACUGUAGGUGGUGAAAAUAACAUCAGAAUUACUACAUCUUAAGUUAUAUCUUUCUGCCAGUAGGCAAAAACAUUCUCCUUAAAGUACAUUGAUGGGUUUUGUCUGUUGAUUUGAUCAAACAUGGUACUAUUCAGUAAUGGUAAUAGCGGAGAAAGAGGGGAUGAAAGCUGAAGAAAUAAAUUAUUUUUAAAAAGUAUAAAAAUUAAAUCUCAAAUUAAUUAAAUUAACUAGGUGUUUGCUUCCAGACAGUAGGUUUGCCUAACAACCACUGUUUGCUUAAUGACCACUGCAUUUGUUUAGUGACUGCCUCAAAAAAAUGUGAAAUUGGAUCAGUCAUGUAAUGACCCACUUAACCUUAAUUAUGGGCUGGGGUCAUAAAUUGAGAAUUACCUCAAUUUACAGAACAACCAUGUAGUAUAAAAUCUACCUAUUUCUUUAUAUUUCCUCCAAUAAAUGGGGCUUGGAACUCAUCAUGUUGAGCUUAUUUAGUUUUUAAUAUCUAUAAAUUGCUUUCGAGUGUUUUUUAAUUUGGGGAAAAAUUGAUUUGAGUGGUUUUCUCUACCAGAAAAUAACCAUAAAGUCAAGGUAUUUUAUUUUUAUAUCUGUUUGCAAUGUUACUUUUAAUCAAUUCAAAAUUUUUGUCUUGUAAACGUAAUGUAAAUUUUUGAAAUCCUCCUUUUCUCCUACUGAGUAAUGAAUUUAACUUAAUUUCAAAUUUAGUCAUGGCUUUAUAGGUUCUGAUUGCUAGAACUGCGGCAAGAUGCAGAAUAUAUAUUUCAAUCCACGAAUGAGUUAAAAUACUUUAAAAAUGUUUGCAGUUAUUUGUUCAUUUUAAGAAUGUUCCUGUCAUUUCAAAGUCCCUGUGGAAAUUCUUUUAAAUAAUAAAGUUAAUUUCCCAGACUUGAUACUAUUUAAUUUUGUUUUCAGUACACUUUUAUAAAUGAAGGUUUGAUGGAUGUGGAGUUGAUUAGGGAAGUAUAUUUUCCAGUUUCAUGAACAUAUUCAGAAGAAAUGGAUGUUGAAUUUUUCAGCUUUUUUAUGCCUAAAUUAUGACAAGUAGUGCCCAAAUUUUUAAUACUGUUUCUUAAACAUUCCAUCUUAAGUAUCAGUUCCUCUGACUUUAUCAAGCUAAAAAUAAUAUUGAUACAAUUAAUAUCAUAAGAUAUUAUGGAAUUCCAAGGGCACCUUUUUUGAUGUUUUUAUGCAGAAAUAUAAAAAUUAUGUCUGCUUUUUUCUACUGUGUUUACUAAUCACUUUUUGCCAUUUGUUGAGAGUUUUUCAUAUCUGUCUGUCUGUCUCCAAAUAAUUGAGUGUUUAUUGAUUUGAAUUGCUGAUGAUUUGCUCAAUAUAUUUUGUAUUGUUGUAGGAAUAUUUAUCUAAGUAAUGAGUUAGAAACACUAUGUCAUAAACUUGUUAAUUUUCCAAAAAUUAGAAGAAUAUUCAUAAUUGUAGAAAACCCCUUGUGUUUCAUACAAUUAGGGCAAUAUCAUUAACAAAAAAAUUUAUAAUAGUUUCUAAUCCCUGUAUUUCCAAACACAUUCUAUUUCCUUUGUUAAGAGUUCUAAUGAAAUCGCAUUAAGUGAACAUCCUUGUUUAGCAUCUCUUUUUGUCAAAAAAUGUUGAUAACUUUUUGAUAAAGGUUGGUCUUUACCAUGAAACCAUUUAAGGCUCUCACUCUACUUCAGGUCAGUAUCAGAACUGAGAAGAACUAAAGAAAAGCUGAAUUUUGAUUUGCUUUGUUUUCCCAUAGCUUUUCAAACUGAUUUAUUCUAUUAGAAUAUUAGAAAGCAAGAUUAACCACCAAUUAUAAUUUAUUCAGCAAACUGUAGCUUAAAAAAAAGUAAAUAGUGGUUUAGUGUGAUAUGUGAACCAAAUCUACAGUAUUUGAAUUCCAAAACUAACUCCUAUCUUACCCUCUGAUUAUUUUCUUCUGUAAUUUUAUAAAGAAAAAAAAAUGAGUAUAUUACGUAAAACCUAUCUCUUCUUCCUACAGUUACACUGAUGUUACCAGCACCUAUUUUGCUAAAAUAAGCAGAUUAAUUUUGUGUCAAACUAAGACUUGAUCUGGCUAGCUAAGAAAAUUGUAUGAAUUUAGAUACUGUAGCAUGUUUAUAGCAAUAUAUGAACUGUAUUGUGGCUUAUCCAGCAAUUAUUAUAACGUACAUUAUUGACAACUUAGCCCCUAACAAAAAUGAUAACAAAUUAAGGUUUAGCAUGCUAUGCUAUCCCAAUUUAUGAAUGUUGGAAUAUAUACCAUAGAAUUAGGAGGGCAACUAACAAUUAUUGGGUUUGUUCCUUCAAACUAUAUUUCACUUAAAGUUUGUAUUGUAGUAAAUGUUCAUAUCUUCUGGGCCAUUUUGUUAAUGUAUAUUGGGAAAAAGUUUGCUUGACUUUUAUUCAAGUUUAUUAUUGAUUGUUUGCUAAUGCUGUUGUAGCAGUAUCUGAUGUUUUGUUAUGAAAAGUCAUGAAAAAUAAUUUAAACUGUUUAUUAGAAAUAAUUAACCAUUUGGAGAAGCAAAAACGAUAGAUUAAAGGAAGGACUCGGAGACAAUUUGCAAAAAGUCUUCGGAAGUCAUGGAUAUAGGAAAGAACAAGAAAAUUAAACAUUUAAGAAAAGAAUGGCGAUAGAAAAUUGAACAGAGCAGUAUGUUCAGAAUACAUUGGCACGGUUCUUGGGAAAAAGCUUUGACUUGGAUAAGUUAUUCUUUGUAGAGCAAAUCCUCUUCCAAUGGUAAAGGUGUAGAACUGAACAUUUUAACUGCUGGAAAUGUUUUUGUAGCACACCAUGCUAGUAUUUAUUUUUUUCAAGAAAUUUCUAAACAAAAUAUUUAAAUUUUACGGAAAAGUUAAAAGAGUAAAAUAUGUAAAACCUGUGCUUAAAACUGGUAAAUACUUCCAUUCUCUCUGAUAACUUGCGAUUUGCUCUUCUUGGUCUUUACAGAUCAUUGCUAAAGCAUUGCUAACUGAGAUUUAAUGUUAAAUGUGUAUUAAGGGACAACAAUCCAUUGAUAGUAAAAUGACUUGCUUAAUUCUGUAAUGAUCCAUGUGUUAGUAAAGAAUAAAGACAAUGUU